CCUCCUGCCUGCCUGCCUUGAACCAAAUCUCAGGUUUCCUCUUCGCCUCCUUGAGCGGCACACACACACACACACACCAGAGACGUACAGACACACACUCUCUCUUGGCAGGAUUUGUCAGCAAAGUUUGCCCUCGCCGUGGCUGUCUGGCUGUCGAGAGAGAGCCCAGGAGGGAAAGAGGGAGAGAGGAAGAAGGGCGGGCUGGGCUCCAGGAAAGCUUUUCCCUCUUUCUUUCUUCCCUUCCCCUCAAGACUGCAGUGCGAGCUGGGAAGAGGAUUGCCAGCAACUCCGUGGCGUCUCUCUGUGUAUGUGUGUGUGUCCCUCUCUCCUUCUCUCCCUCCCUUCUCCUCUUCCUGGUCUCCCUUCAGCUCGUCAACAGGGAUACUUUGGCGGGUUGGCAGGAGGAGGAGGAGGAGGAGGAGGAGGUGUCCGCGCCUGUGCGCGACUUCCCACUCGGGGGUCAUCCUAGCAGCCUGCGCCGAGGCGAGAGCGGUCCUUUGUGUUGCCGCCUGAAAACAUUAUGACUGUUGUCUGUGUGGCAAAAUAAUUAGCAUUCAGAUGAGGAGCAAUUCCCAUCUCUCGUACCUCGGGACUGCAUUGAGAGAAGAUGUGCAUUUGGAAAAGUUGAGUGGAUGAACAGUGAAAGAACGAACAGUGGGCAUUCAGAAGCAGUGCAAGAGCUCUCCUUGUUGCCAUGAAGCAAGUCUGUCACUUUUUGGGGUGAAUCUCUUGAGAUGGAAAACAGAGUGGCUGGUGCUGAAAUGAUUGCUUGACAGUCUGGCCUACUUAAAAGUGAAGAGUUGGACUGCAUAGAUAAUUUAUUUGGACUACUUUGUUUUGCAAUUCUUCAGCUUUCCAUCUGAGAGUACAUUCAAGGCCAUUUAUUUUAACAGUCAAAACUUGGAAAGGGAGAAAGAUUGUACAGAGACAAUAAGGCUAUGGAGAACCAUUCCUGGCAGCAGCAUCACUUCGUGACACCGAGAAAAUGAAUUUGAAGGAAAAUUGGUGAAUCCAACUCAGUGGAUUUGGUAGGCUUGGAAGGCAGAGUCUGGACCAAAGAACAAUUAACCUGCUAAACAAUUUCAGUGAGCUCAAGGCAAAGUACAUGACUGUCCUCCCCCACUCCACAUCAUUUGGUAGACCAAGCAGAGAAAGAACGAGCGAGCACCAGUGAAUUUUAUGGCAUGGUGAUGGAGGUGGAUGCAGACGAGAAGCGCCAUCGCACACGGUCCAAAGGUGUUCGAGUUCCCGUGGAACCAGCCAUACAAGAGCUGUUCAGCUGUCCUACCCCUGGCUGUGAUGGCAGUGGUCAUGUUAGUGGCAAAUAUGCAAGACACAGAAGUGUUUACGGCUGUCCUUUGGCAAAAAAAAGAAAGACACAAGAGAAACAACCCCAAGAACCUGCUCCAAAAAGAAAACCCUUUGUAGUUAAAACAGACAAUUCUUCAGUAGAUGAGUGCUAUGAAACAGAUGGAACUGAAGAAAUGGAUGACAAAGAAGAGGAGGAGGAAGAAGAAGAGGAAGAGGACUAUUCCGAUGAUAAUGACGACCAUGGGGAUGAUGAAGAAGAGGAGGAGGAGGAAGUAGAAGAUCGAGAAGAAGAAGAGAUUGAGGAAGAGGAGGAAGAGGAGGAGGAGGAAGAAGAGGCAGAUGAAGUAGAAGAUGAGGAGGAGGAGGAAGAGGAGGAAGAGGAGGAAGAAGAAAGUGAAAGAAAUCUCCGCUGGAGGAGCUCCAGGAACAGAUGUUCCAAGGCAUCAUUUAGCCUUUAUCAUAUGAAGACAUUCAAGAUGGCUUGUGCUCCAGAAGACCAUCAAAUGAAUUGUCACAAUACUCGAAUGCAAGAUGCAGAGAAAGACGAUAACAAUAACGAUGAGUAUGAUAAUUACGAUGAACUGGUGGCCAAGUCAUUGUUAAAUCUUGGCAAAAUUGCAGAGGAUGCAGCAUACAGAGCCAGGACAGAAUCAGAAAUGAAUAGCAAUACAUCUAAUAGCCUGGAAGAUGAUAGCGACAAAAAUGAAAAUGUUGGUCGUAAGAGUGAGCUGAGUUUAGAUUUAGACAGUGACGUUGUUAGGGAAACCGUGGACUCGCUGAAAUUGUUAGCACAAGGACAUGGUGUAGUGCUUUCAGAAAACAUUAAUGAUAGAAAUUAUACAGACAAUAUGUCUCAGCACGAAAAUAGGAAUAUGAACUAUGGGAUGCUGGGGAAGCCUACAAACAAUGGGCUUACGGAAAAAAUGGUGGAAGAAAGCGAUGAAGAGGUAUGUCUCAGUAGCUUGGAAUGCUUGAGGAACCAAUGCUUUGACUUGGCCAGGAAACUCAGUGAGACAACACCACAGGAAAGAAAUCAACAGCAAAACAUGAAUUCUCGCCAACAUGCCCGGCAAGAGGAAGAUUCCCAAGGAAGGACACCUGAGAGAAAUUAUUCUGAUAUGAUGAACUUAAUGAGGCUUGAAGAACAGUUGAGUCCAAGAUCUAGAACUUUUCCUAGCUGUGCAAAAGAGGGUGGGUGUCAUGAAAGGGAUGAUGACACAACCUCAAUUACUUCAGAUAGGUCUGAAGAGGUGUUUGAUAUGACAAAAGGAAACUUAACGCUACUAGAGAAAGCUAUUGCUUUAGAAACAGAAAGAGCAAAAGCCAUGAGGGAAAAAAUGGCAAUGGAAGCUGGAAGGAGGGAUAAUAUGAGAUCUUAUGAGGAGCAUUCUCCAAGACAUCUUUCUGGAGAUGACAGGAAGUCUAAAUCCAGUGACGGCCAUGUCAAAAAGCCAUAUUAUGGUAAAGAUCCCUCAAGAACAGAAAAGAAAGAGAGCAAAUGUCCUACCCCUGGGUGUGAUGGAACUGGCCAUGUAACGGGGCUUUACCCCCAUCACCGCAGUUUGUCAGGAUGCCCACACAAAGAUAGGGUCCCUCCAGAAAUUCUUGCCAUGCAUGAAAACGUUCUUAAGUGUCCUACACCAGGCUGCACAGGCCGGGGCCACGUAAAUAGCAACAGGAAUUCUCACCGAAGCCUCUCGGGAUGUCCUAUUGCUGCAGCAGAGAAACUGGCUAAAGCUCAAGAGAAGCAUCAGAGCUGUGAUGCAUCCAAAUCAAACCAGGCAUCAGAUCGUGUCUUGAGGCCCAUGUGUUUUGUUAAGCAGUUGGAGAUUCCCCAGUAUGGCUACAGGAACAAUGUUCCCACCACAACACCCCGCUCCAACCUGGCCAAGGAACUAGAGAAAUACUCUAAGACUACGUUUGAAUAUAACAGUUAUGACAACCAUGCAUAUGGCAAGAGAGCCAUUGCUCCCAAGGUGCAAUCCAGAGAUAUUUCCCCCAAAGGAUAUGAUGCUAAACGUUACUGUAAGAAUUCAAGCCCAACCAGCAGCACAACAAGCAGUUAUGCCCCUAGCAGCAGCAGCAAUAUGAGCUGUGGAGGAGGCAGCAGCGCAAGCAGUACCUGCAGCAAGAGCAGCUUUGACUAUACCCAUGACAUGGAAGCCGCACACAUGGCUGCUACUGCUAUACUGAAUCUUUCCACUCGUUGCAGAGAAAUGCCUCAGAACCUCUCCACUAAGCCUCAGGAUCUCUGUUCCAGGAAUCCUGAUAUGGAAGUUGAUGAAAAUGGAACAUUAGAUUUGAGUUUGAACAAGCAGAGGCAACGAGAUGGUUGCUGCGCCAUUUUGACGCCGCUGGAACCAAUGUCGCCCCAACAACAGGCUGUUAUGAAUAACAGGUGUUACCAGCUAAAUGAGAGCGACUGUUGGGACUUGCCAGUGGACUACACCAAAAUGAAGCCUAAUACGAUAGAUGAAGAUGAUUCAAAAGAAAUGAAUCCAGAAGAUUUAGAUCCUUUCCAAGAGGCAUUAGAAGAACGGCGAUAUCCUGGGGAAGUCACCAUUCCAAGUCCUAAACACAAAUAUCCUCAGUGCAAAGAGAAUAAAAAGGAUUUAAUAACAUGUCCAACACCAGAGUGUGAUGGGAGUGGUCAUGUGACUGGUAAUUACGCCUCACAUAGAAGUCUAUCUGGCUGCCCCUUGGCUGACAAAAGUAUUCGAAGUAUGCUGGCCACAAGCUCACAAGAACUCAAGUGUCCCACGCCUGGAUGUGAUGGCUCUGGGCACAUUACUGGAAAUUAUGCUUCACAUCGAAGGUCUACACUGUGUGUACAAGUUGCACAUGCACAGGCACAGUCAACCAUGCAAGUUAGAAGUGGGCACAGAGGAUUUCAAAGGACUGUCAAUCUUUCUGGUUGUCCACGAGCAAAGAAAAGUGGGAUCAGGAUAGUACAAAGUAAAGAAGAUAAGGAAGAUCAAGAACCAAUUAGAUGUCCAGUUCCUGGUUGUGAUGGCCAGGGUCAUAUAACUGGGAAAUAUGCAUCACACCGUAGUGCAUCAGGGUGUCCUCUAGCUACUAAAAGGCAAAAGGAUGGGUAUUUGAAUGGUUCCCAGUUCUCUUGGAAAUCUGUGAAGACAGAAGGCAUGUCAUGUCCAACCCCAGGAUGUGAUGGCUCAGGACAUGUCAGUGGUAGUUUUCUUACCCAUAGGAGUCUGUCCGGAUGCCCCAGAGCUACAUCAGCAAUGAAGAGAGCAAAACUGUCAGGAGAACAAAUGCUUACAAUAAAGCAGCGGGCUAGCAAUGGUAUAGAAAAUGAUGAAGAAAUUAAACAAUUAGAUGAAGAAAUAAAAGAAUUAAAUGAAUCCAACACCCAGAUGGAGGCUGAUAUGAUUAAACUCCGGACUCAGAUUACCACAAUGGAGAGCAAUCUGAAGACGAUAGAAGAGGAGAACAAAGUAAUUGAGCAACAAAAUGAGUCUCUUCUUCACGAAUUGGCCAAUUUAAGCCAGUCUUUAAUUCAUAGUCUAGCUAAUAUCCAGCUACCGCAUAUGGAACCAAUCAAUGAACAAAAUUUUGAUGCUUACGUGACCACUUUGACGGACAUGUAUACAAAUCAAGAUCGUUAUCAGAGUCCAGAAAAUAAAGCCCUACUGGAAAAUAUAAAGCAGGCUGUGAGAGGAAUUCAGGUGUGAACAGCUGCUGUAGUGGUGAAAAUCUUACCUUUAAAAAAGAUGCCUCUUGUUUUUUGCUGCUGUAAUUUACCAGAAAGUGUUAUAUAUAUAUAUAUUUCUUUCUGUUUGAAAAAGUGUUAUGCUUACAAGACUUCAUGAUGAUUUUAUGUCUUGCUUUAAAGAUAGUAACUGCAGAAUAGUUUUUUGAAUACAUUCACAUUUUGUACGUUUUCAUAUAAGCUGACAUAGUGUGAUAUGCCAUGUAAUGUUUAUAGCUGCUACUGUAUGCACAUUUUUGGGGUAAAUAUAUUUCUGAAGAGGUAAGCUGAUCAAAAUUAAAUAGAGUGUAAAUUCUUUUUAAUGCUUUAGUGAUUAAAUGUUUUAGUAUUUUGAACUGAAAUGGACACAAAAAAGAACAAAAAAAGAAAACCCGCUUUGAAUGACAAUGUUGCAGUCUGCGGCCACUUUUUAAAACACUCCCAUUUUGUCUCAUGCUGGAGGAUUUUAUGGGGGUUUAAGAAGUUUGUGUGCAUAUUGUUUCAUAGCAAGAAUUGGUUGCGAAAAUGCUUUAUUUUUGAACAAUGCUUGAAAAUAUUGUGACUUUUGUUUUUGGAAGAUGGUAUGUGGUGGGGGCAAUAAAAAGGAUAUGGGGGGUUUGGAAUUCCAAGUAAAAGGGCAUGAAUUAGAUGUGAGAUGUAAAACUGAGUAAUUUAUUGUAAGACAACAUCAAGCCAUGGAAACUUGACAGAAGAUUCAAAGCAGCUUAAACAGCACUUUUAAAUUAACUUCUAAGCAUUACAUGGUAUGAAUAUGGGAACUUCCAUAUGACAGGCGCUCUAUCUGAGGUGGACAACGUGAAGAUUUCAACUUUUCUUUUCCAAUACACUUUGGGACCAACAUUCUCUUAUCUCUCCAGGACUCUUUAAAAGUGUCCGUCCGAAUUAUCUGUUACAGCAAUGUAGUUCAUCUUUUCAGAAGUUCAAUCUUUCCUUCUUAAGGCAAAAGGCAAUAGUUUAAAAGAAAUAUUGCCUUUUUUACAAAAAGUUUUUAAUUUGGGAAUGAACCUAAAAUUUUAUCAUUACAGCAGCCACUGAGCUGGAUUCAUUGCUACUUUUGGGUAGGAAAUGCAAUACAGUUCAAUUUAUCUGAUCUUUUCACUUUGUUCCCUUUAACUGUUUAGGUUCUGCUUAUUUUUGUUGGCGUACAAUCAUUAUUACUGUGGCAUUUCCAUAUGCUGUCUAUUUGUUCUACUGUUACCUAUUGCAAAAAUGAAUGCAAUCAAAAUUUUAAUGUAACUAAAUAUACUUUGGCACUUUUUGCUUUAAAUUGCGUCAUUUCAAGCUUAAAAAAGUAUUGUACUUUUCAGAUUUGAUUGUUGUUUCUUCAAAAUAACUGCACUAUAUGUAUGCAUAAGUCCACUUUUUCUCGCGACAUUUUUGUUUUCCAUUUAAAGUAGUUCUUCAGAUGGUGUGUUGUGUUUGUCAGAUGUUCAGUUAAUUUCAAUUUAAUAGCAUAUCGUUUCCUUCCAUGUCUUGAUGUUAUGCAGAAAGUACAAAAGUACUUUAAAAAUUUUGUUAUGAAAAAAAGAUGGGUUUUGUAAAAAAAUGAUAAUAAUAAUAAAAUAAAAUAUUUUUAGCAGAACAGGACUUACAGGGUCAUUGUCCCCACAAUGUGCCAGUUGACUAUUUGCACUUACCUUGCCCUAUAUAUCCAUACGGAGGUGUGCAAUUUCUUGUGUCAUUCAUGUUGUGACACUAAAUUUGAACAAAUUAGAAUGGAAGCCGAUGUGGCUCAUCCAGGAAUAUUGCUAAGGGGAGACUACAGGGAUCUCACAACAAAUAUUCUGAUACAAUACUCAACCUCGGUAUAUAUAUAUGUAUAAAUAUAUGUAUAUCCCAGCGGCACUUUAUACUAUUCACUGUACAAAAAGCUUACAGUUUUCCACGAGGACUUUAAUAACUAGCUGGGAGAAGAUUAUGUAAUUACUUUGGGGCUCUGCAGUAUCUUCUCUGUAUAGUGCCCUCAUUUCUGUUGUGCUAUUAGUUGUAGCUGCCAUGCUCAGAAUUGCCUUUUUGAGAGCUGAAGCAAGGUGCUUGUUGUUCACCUUCUGCCAUAUAUAUUGUACUUUUUGCCCUAGCCUCCUUUUAGGGCUCUCAUUGUUCAUAAUGGCAUAUGCAUUUUUCCACUGCAUUGUGUCUGCAGCUUCUUUGCCAAUAUAGUAACGCUUUCCGUAGAGUAAUAGAUAGUAUCAGUUUUGGAUUCUUAUUGUUAUCACCUAUGUACAAUGGAAAAAAGGGAUUUUAAGCACAAAUCCGCGCUACUCAUCUAAUGUUGGUACAUAAUAUCAAAUCAAAAGUUAUCUGUGACUAUUAUAUAGGGUUCACAAAAGUGUCACAUAUUAGAAUGCUGACCCUUCAUCUGAAAUUAUUGUGAGUCAUCAGAGUUUAUUUAUUCUAACUUAUUGUUCAUUUUCAUUUCUAAGUUUAAUUUAAGUGCUCAUUUAUUAAGACAGAAUUUUGUAUAAACUACUUAUUGUGCUCUCUGUGGAACUGAGGUUUGAUUUAUUUUUGUACUACACAGCAUGGGUUUGUUGACAUUUUAAUUUUGCUAUAAAUGUGUGAAAUCACAAGUUGCUGUGAUAACUUCAUUUUUAAAUUGUGAAAUUUGUACAAAUUUUGUCAUGCUGGAUGUGAACACAUCUUACUCUAAAUAAAUAAAUAAAUAAAAUGUGUUGCCACAUUUGUA